UAAAUGACACAGUUGACACUCCAGCCUCAGCCACGAAUCAACCCACGAUAAGGCUUUCUCUGCGAUUGUGUCGUAUGCUAGCAUCAGGUAAGUACAAUUCAAAUGUUUAAUCACCCAGUCAGUGAAUAACUUGUAGAAUGAUACCAAAGCUUUGCUGACAGGUUCUAUUCCUCGAGUACACGUGCUACCACAACGACUGAUUAGCCUUUUAUCGACCCCAUCUAGCCAUGCAUUACACCGGCUUUUGUUCUUGAGCCUUUGAACUGUUCAGAACAGGCGCGACAUAGCGCUCCAAGUUCCAAUCAUGUUAGCUUGGGCUGUCGUACAUCUCCUGUUAAUCCGUCAACUGGUAGUUCGAUGGCCAGGAGUGUGGUGCCGCUGCGAUAAAGCAGCCACUUAUCCCUCGCCCCUCGCGCACCUCGCAGGGAGCCAGAAACUCGACGCAGCUUUUUUAGCUGGGGCCGUGGAUUUCGAGGCAGAGUAA